AAUGCGGAAGAAAUAGGAAGGAAGAUGGACAUCUUAAAGAAGGAAAGUUGUGAAAUCAAAAGACUUAGAGAUGAAAUUGACAGUGAAAAGGACCAGCUGAAUGCAAAAUUGCUUGAGUUGGAAAAAAUGCGUGAAGAACUAGAUAGAGAGAAGAAGGAAGUGAACAACAGGAAGGAUGAAACACUGAAAGAGAAAGAUCAGUUGGAAGAGAGGCGAGGUAAGAUAAGUAAGGAGAAAGAGGAAUUGGAUAUCAGUCUAGAACUGAUGAAAAGACAAAGGAAGACUUGACAAGCUUGAAGGCUGAAGCAGAAGCACAGACCGAGCCUAUGGAAAUAGACUGGAAGGAAAAGCUCACGAGGGAAAGACAACAACUUGAAGAUGUAAAGGAGGAGAUACAGAAGGAAAAAGAAGCCUUUGAGAGAAAGAAGGGAUUGACCAUGAAAGAAAGAGAUGAGUUUAAUCUGAUGAAGUCUGAAACCCAGGGACAAUUGGAGGAAAUAGAACAAAACAAACAAGACAUUCGUGUGGAGAAGGAAAAGCUGGAUCAGAUCAAAGCUGAGUUAGAAAGACGGUCUGAAGACGUAAAUCAGGUCAUGGAUGAGACAAGACGGGAGAGGGGGAAGGUUGAAGAACUGGCUAUCCAAACUCAAAAAGAAAGAGAAGAAAUGGUGGGUUUUAUGGAAAAGAACAAACAAAAGCAGAACGAACUGGAACUCAUGAAUGACAAGAUUGAAAGAGAGAAACAAGACAUUGAAGAAAGUCGGGAUGUGCUAACAAAGGAGAGAGAGGAGCUGGAACAAAUGAGGAGUGAGAUACAGCAACAGAGAGAGGAGACAGAAUCUCACAUGGAAGACCAAAGGAAAGAGAAAGAACAUUUGGAACAAAUGACGACGGACAUGAAAAAACAGUUGCUAGAGGUGGAUAAUGACAAGGAAAUGAUAGAAAGCUCAAUGGGUGAACUGAGAGUGAAAGAGGCAGAAAUGGUGAGAGAAAAAGACAACAUGGAUAACAAGAUGGCUAGGCUCAAAGAGGAAGAGGAUGGAAUGCGGGAAGAAAUAGGAAGGAAGAUGGACAUCUUAAAGAAGGAAAGUUGUGAAAUCAAAAGACUUAGAGAUGAAAUUGACAGUGAAAAGGACCAGCUGAAUGCAAAAUUGCUUGAGUUGGAAAAAAUGCGUGAAGAACUAGAUAGAGAGAAGAAGGAAGUGAACAACAGGAAGGAUGAAACACUGAAAGAGAAAGAUCAGUUGGAAGAGAGGCGAGGUAAGAUAAGUAAGGAGAAAGAGGAAUUGGAUAUCAGUCUAGAACUGAUGAAAAGACAAAGGGAAGACUUGACAAGCUUGAAGGCUGAAGCAGAAGCACAGACCGAGCCUAUGGAAAUAGACUGGAAGGAAAAGCUCACGAGGGAAAGACAACAACUUGAAGAUGUAAAGGAGGAGAUACAGAAGGAAAAAGAAGCCUUUGAGAGAAAGAAGGGAUUGACCAUGAAAGAAAGAGAUGAGUUUGAUCUGAUGAAGUCUGAAACCCAGGGACAAUUGGAGGAAAUAGAACAAAACAAACAAGACAUUCGUGUGGAGAAGGAAAAGCUGGAUCAGAUCAAAGCUGAGUUAGAAAGACGGUCUGAAGACGUAAAUCAGGUCAUGGAUGAGACAAGACGGGAGAGGGGGAAGGUUGAAGAACUGGCUAUCCAAACUCAAAAAGAAAGAGAAGAAAUGGUGGGUUUUAUGGAAAAGAACAAACAAAAGCAGAACGAACUGGAACUCAUGAAUGACAAGAUUGAAAGAGAGAAACAAGACAUUGAAGAAAGUCGGGAUGUGCUAACAAAGGAGAGAGAGGAGCUGGAACAAAUGAGGAGUGAGAUACAGCAACAGAGAGAGGAGACAGAAUCUCACAUGGAAGACCAAAGGAAAGAGAAAGAACAUUUGGAACAAAUGACGACGGACAUGAAAAAACAGUUGCUAGAGGUGGAUAAUGACAAGGAAAUGAUAGAAAGCUCAAUGGGUGAACUGAGAGUGAAAGAGGCAGAAAUGGUGAGAGAAAAAGACAACAUGGAUAACAAGAUGGCUAGGCUCAAAGAGGAAGAGGAUGGAAUGCGGGAAGAAAUAGGAAGGAAGAUGGACAUCUUAAAGAAGGAAAGUUGUGAAAUCAAAAGACUUAGAGAUGAAAUUGACAGUGAAAAGGACCAGCUGAAUGCAAAAUUGCUUGAGUUGGAAAAAAUGCGUGAAGAACUAGAUAGAGAGAAGAAGGAAGUGAACAACAGGAAGGAUGAAACACUGAAAGAGAAAGAUCAGUUGGAAGAGAGGCGAGGUAAGAUAAGUAAGGAGAAAGAGGAAUUGGAUAUCAGUCUAGAACUGAUGAAAAGACAAAGGAAGACUUGACAAGCUUGAAGGCUGAAGCAGAAGCACAGACCGAGCCUAUGGAAAUAGACUGGAAGGAAAAGCUCACGAGGGAAAGACAACAACUUGAAGAUGUAAAGGAGGAGAUACAGAAGGAAAAAGAAGCCUUUGAGAGAAAGAAGG